GGAUGAUCACUUAAGGUCACUAAAUACCACAAGUGCUGCUUUUGAGGCAUUAGCAAGAUUGUACCCUAACUAAAAUGAUCCUGAAUAUGGCAAGAAGAAAGUAUUUAACAGAUAAAUGUUAAAUGCCAACUUCCCAUAAGUUCUGGCAAGACUUUCACUACUGUCACUGUUAUUGAUAUAAUUAACAGAUUGUUUAUGCUGGUUUGUAUAGGCCAUAAAUAGUGAGAACUUUCACCAUGUAUCUAAAUGAGUCUGUCUUCUCACUGGUCUUGACUUUGCACUCUUUGGAACUGCCUGAGACAAACAUUUACCCUGCAUUGAUAUUUGGAGUAGUAACAUACCUGUUUAUCUUACUCUGCAAUCUAACAAUUAUUAUUACAAUUUGCUUGAACAGGAAUCUUCACAAACCAAUGUACAUAUUGUUGCUUAACCUGCCUAUCAAUGAUGCAAUGGGGGCUACAAGCCUUUUUCCUCAGCUGCUGUAUAGUAUAUGGUCUCAGGACAGAUCAAUAUCCUACUCUGCAUGUUUGCUUCAAGGCUUUUUUGUACACCUGAAUGGUGGAGCAUCUUAUCUUAUUCUUACUGCUAUGGCCUAUGACAGAUUUAUCGCUAUCUGCUGCCCGUUAAGAUAUGGAGCCAUUAUGACAACCAAUAACUUGGUGAAAAUCAUAACUGGGUUGUGGCUUUUUAAUUUUGCUGCUAUAAUUGUACUUUUCUGUCUUCUAAUACCUUACAGGAUUUGCCAGACACACAUGACAGACCUUGUCUGCUAUAAGACAGCAUUAAUGAAACUCUUAUGCGAUGGCACAGAGGUGAACAAUAUCUAUGGGUUGUGUUGCAUAAUUUUUUACCACGGCCUUUCACUUUCUGUUGUGGCAUUUACAUACAUUCAUAUACUAAUCACAUGUGUUUCUAAUAAGCAAUCUGAUGCAAAGAUUAAGGCACUUCAGACAUGUGGUACUCAUUUGGUCGUCUUUCUUUUCUUAGAGUUUAACACUCUUUUUCCUCUUCUUGCACAUCGAUCUGAGAGUGUUCCAGCUCACCUACGCAGAGUGUUUUCUAUCUCCAAUUUUAUCUUUCCUCCUCUUGUGAAUCCACUUGUCUAUGGUUUUAAAACUAAAGAGAUCAGACAGAAAAUUCUCACCUGUUUCAAAAACAAAAUAAGCAGUGUCUGAAUUAAACGUCUCCUUGUGUGAAAAUAUUGUGAUAUCAUGUGUAAAUUUUCUGUGACAAAAGCUGACAGCUUAUUAUGUUGUUACCUAUAAUAAUUCAAAAACAUUUUGACAGACGCCCUUGAAGAAAGUCUUUUUUUACAGGGAUAUUUGCUUCAAAAAUAGGAUAAAGUGAGUAGUAUUCAGCUGGUCACAUGAUGAUACCAUCAGGGGAUGACCUGCCUUAUGUAAGAUAAAAGCUUUUUCUAGACUAUACUGAUAUAACUGGAGUGCUCAUGUGUGAGUACAUAAUUUUAAACAUAUUUGUAUUUGUUAAUUGUUGUAAAUGUACAUUUUAUAGAGAAAUGAUCAUAUUUUUUUUCUUUUAGUAAUGCUUUGUUUUCUACUAUUGAAAUCACUAACAGCAACUUGUAAACUAUUCAUUGCCACAGAUGACUACCAUAAGUUCACACACACAUUAAAGGGUUAGUUCACCUAAAAA